AUGAGCUUCAAAGACGUUGAUCCCGCGCAGAUAGAAAGCGUGCUGUCAAAACUGACUUUGGAAGAGAAGAUCACCCUGCUGGCAGGGAAGAACUUUUGGGAGACGCAAGAUUAUCCGGAGAAGGGAGUGCCAUCUGUCAAGACUUCAGAUGGCCCCAACGGAGCGCGCGGUGCCACAUUCAAGGACGGAGUAACAGCUGCCUGUUUUCCAGCGUCCUCGCUGCUGGCCGCGACAUGGGAUGUCGAAGCAGCAAAGAAUAUUGGAAACGCGUUGGCCGACGAGGCACGCUCAAAAGGCGCAAGAAUACUAUUAGCUCCCACCGUCUGCAUCCAUCGCCAUCCCCUUGGAGGCCGCAACUUCGAGUCAUUCAGCGAGGACCCUUUUCUCGCAGGAAAGCUUGCAGGACAGUACAUCCAUGGGCUUCAAGACAAUGGGGUUGCUGCCACUAUCAAGCAUUUUGCCGCAAACGAGCAGGAGACCUGUCGGUUUACGGUUAACGAACACAUUACGGAACGGGCGCUUCGUGAGAUCUAUCUGAAGCCUUUCGAGAUCGCCAUCAAAGAAGCCAAUCCGCUGGCAGUGAUGACCGCGUACAACAUCAUAAACGGUACACAUGCAGACUCAAACAACUUCCUACUCCAGGAUGUACUCAGGGGACAAUGGGGCUGGAAGGGUCUUGUCAUGAGCGACUGGGGUGGUACCAAUUCCACAGCCGAUUCAUUGAAUGCCGGUCUUGACCUGGAGAUGCCGGGUCCAACAAGGUGGCGCAAGGUAGAUGAAGUGCUUAAAGCCGUGAAAUCCGGCGCAGUGUCGGAGAAUACAAUCGACGACCGCGCGCGCAAUGUUCUAGAGCUUCUCGCGAAGCUGAACUGCUUCGAAGACCCCACCAUCCCCGAUGAGACGGCCAUCAACCGUCCUGAGCACCAGAAAUUGAUUCGCUCUGUUGGAAGCCAAGGCCUCGUCCUCCUCAAAAACGAAGGCCAGGUCCUCCCCUUGAAGAGGGAGAAACUUGCGAAGAAGAAAGUAGCACUGCUAGGCUUCGCGCGAGAAGCUCUUAUCCACGGUGGCGGCAGUGCGUCAGUCAACGCCCACUACCGUGUCACUCCAGAGGAAGGCCUUCGAGCAGCACUCGGCGACACCGUCGAGUUCGAAUAUGCCAAGGGCGCACACACCUUCCGCCAACUGCCCUUGAUGAGUGACAAUGUUGUCAACCGUGAGAACCAGCCUGGCUGGACACUAGACUUCUUCGAUGACGAGGAGCCCAAGGGCGAACCAGGCUCGUCGACUUCUUCGGAGCAACCUACUUAUAUUCCUCUUUUCGUCAAGGAGUCUUGGGGAAGCCUCUGCGCCAGAGCACGUUUCACGCCCACACAAAGCGGGAAACAUUAUUUCGGCAUGUCUGGGCUGGGACGAUCGAAGCUCCUGAUCGACGGCGAGGUCGUUUACGAGCAGGAGCUUAACUGCCCUGACUCGAUGGGAUUCUUACUCGGUGGCGUGGAAGAGCCGGAGAUUCAAUACUCGUUCGAGGCUGGAAAGACGUACGCAGUUGAGGUGGUUACGGUAAAGCCGACCAGCAAAGGCGGCCUUGCUAUGCUGGACGGCUUCAUCGGGUUCCGACUCGGUUUCAUGACCGAGGAAGACCACAACCGAGACUUGCUGUCCGAGGCCGUCGAAGUGGCCAAACGAAGCGAUGUUGCGAUUGUGUUUACCGGCCACACUCCCAACUGGGAAACCGAGGGUCAAGAUCAAGUCAGCUUCAACUUACCCUCGAAUGACUCCCAGGAUCGACUCGUGUCAGCUGUUGGAGCCGCCAACCCAAACACCGUUGUUGUGAACUGCACCGGUGUAGCAGUUGCCAUGCCGUGGCUGGACGAGGUCAAGGCUGUUGUGCAAGCGUGGUUCCCUGGACAAGAAGCGGGCAAUGCAAUCGCCGACGUCCUCACUGGUGCCGUGAACCCUGCCGGCCGUCUCCCAGUCUCUUUCCCUCGAGCGAUAGAAUAUGCCCCAGCACACGGCAACUUCCCCGGUGAAUUCUCAGAUGGCGAGGACGGACGACGCAACCUUGAAGUCACGUACAAGGAGGGCGUGUUCGUAGGCUACCGACACUACGACCUGUCAGACGAGAACCGAGCCAAGGUCCUCUUCCCAUUCGGCUACGGUCUAUCGUACACCAGCUUUACACACACAAACCACAAAGCUAGCGUUACCGAUGGGACUGUGGAAGUGACGGUCGAUAUCACCAACACCGGCCCCUAUGCCGGCGCUGAAGUCGUCCAAGUAUACGCAGGCGCCAAACUGGCGGUCCCGGAGAAUCCUGUUAAGGAACUUGUUGGCUUCGCCAAGCUACAACUGGAGCCGGGAGAGACCAAGACAGCCACUGUCACGUUCAGUGUGCGCCAGCUGGCUCACUUUGACGAGGGGAGCAGUAGGUGGGAGGUGAAAUCCGGCGACUACGAGGUCUCGGUUGGUCAGUCUGUAAGGGAUAUCACUGGAAAGGUGGAGAUUCGCGUGGAGGGUCAGAGUUAUGAGCCUUGA